UUCUGCCCGUUAGCCAAACCCGAUUCCGAGGGGCACAGGUGGGUGGCGAGGGGCACAGGUGGGUGGCGGAGGGAGGGCGAAGCCACUCUGAGGCCAGCGGCUGCACUGAGCUGACAGGAGACAGCCGUAAUAAUGUUUACCGAGAGAGUCUGGCUGUGACACGGCAGGAAGGGCGGGCCUCGGUCAUUAGGCCUCAGGGGACACUCGGUUUCACAACCCGGUACCUUGCGAGGGAGGGCUUUCCCUCUGAGAGUCCUUUGGGGGUCUUUUAUGGAGUUCCAUUACCCUAAUGUGGAGUAAAAGAAACCCCACAUGUUGCCACUCAGUGAAAAAGAAAGCAUUUAAAAAAAAAAAAACACCUUCUCUCUUUAAAAAUCCUGGCAUGCAAAUAAGGGGCUUUAAUGUGGCUCUCAGCGAUUGGUAGGUAGAUACAAAAGCCGUCAUUUCCUCGCAGCCGCAGGAUGCAAACCGAAAGGCCGAGUGCCGCUUUCCUAUUGGCUGCCGCUCUCGGCCAAUAAAACUGCCUCCCUUCACCCCUCCUGGUAGCUCUUAUAAAUUACAUCAAAUUGCCUAUCCUUUCCAUAGCCUCUCCUAGAAAAACAAGCUGAAAUCAGGUUUUUAGCCGUCAUGUCUGGACGCGGAAAGCAAGGCGGCAAGGCGCGCGCCAAGGCCAAGUCGCGGUCAUCGCGCGCCGGGCUGCAGUUCCCCGUGGGCCGGGUGCACCGGCUGCUGCGCAAGGGCAACUACGCCGAGCGCGUCGGCGCCGGCGCCCCGGUGUACCUGGCGGCCGUGCUCGAGUACCUGACGGCCGAGAUCCUGGAGCUGGCGGGCAACGCGGCGCGCGACAACAAGAAGACGCGCAUCAUCCCGCGCCACCUGCAGCUGGCCGUGAGAAAUGACGAGGAGCUCAACAAGUUACUCGGGGGUGUCACCAUCGCGCAGGGCGGCGUGCUGCCCAACAUCCAGGCCGUGCUGCUCCCCAAGAAGACGGAGAGCCACAAGCCUGGCAAGAGCAAGUGA